GCCGGUCGUGGCCGCAAUGUGGGCCCGCGGACAGUGCUGUCGCGACACCGCUGCCACACCGUCGCCACUCGGUGCACAUUCGACGCGCUCGAACUAUAAAACUGCGACCGUCUACUGACAACCAAAACUUUUUAAAGUUGUAGCAAUAGUUGUUAAGCAUUGUAGUACAGCAUCUUUAUAUAUUAUGUUGCAAAUUUGAUAUAAAUUAAAUAUAAAAUAAUUAUUAUAAUUAGUGUUUAAUUUGAAGUAAUUGACUGAAAGAGUUAGAGUCGGUGAUGUGCGAUGGCUAAGCGUCAGGCGCUAAGCUGGGGAGUACCGGCGUGCGCGCGCCUCUUGUGGGCGCUGUGCGCGUGUGCGUGCGCACUGGUGGUCGCCGUGGUCGCCGACGCGCACGCUGACGUUGACACCUCCACCGGCAAUGGAGAUAACACUCUCACUAAUACAGUGAUAGAAGAGCCAGAGUUCACGGAUGUGAUACAAAACGUCACGGUGCCGGCGGGACGCAGCGUUCGACUGGCGUGCUCUGUAAAAAAUCUUGGUUCUUUUAAGGUAGCAUGGAUGCAUUUUGAACAAUCGGCCAUUUUGACUGUUCACAAUCACGUGAUAACACGCAAUCCGCGAGUCAGUGUGACCCAUGACAAGCAUCGAACCUGGUUCCUGCACAUAUCUGACGUGCGCGAGGAGGACCGGGGCCGCUACAUGUGUCAGAUCAACACGGUCACCGCUAAGACCCAAUUUGGAUACCUCCAUGUUGUUGUGCCGCCAUCAAUCGACGACUCGUUGAGUUCGAGCGACGUUAUCGUGCGGGAGGGCGCCAACGUCACUCUAACGUGUCGCGCUAAUGGCUCUCCUAAGCCGACCAUCAAGUGGAAACGGGAUGACAAUUCAAAAAUCUCCAUCACUAAAGGACAUUCAGUAUCGGAAUGGGAAGGUGAAGUAUUGGACAUGGCACGAAUUUCACGUCUGGACAUGGGAGCUUAUUUAUGUAUAGCCAGUAAUGGAGUGCCGCCAACAGUGUCUAAGAGAGUCAAAGUUAGCGUAGACUUUCCUCCAAUGCUCUGGAUACCCCAUCAGCUGGUCGGAGCACCUCUCUACUACAAUGUUACAUUGGAAUGCUUCACAGAAGCUUAUCCCACGUCCUUGAACUAUUGGACUCGUGAAGACGGUCACAUGAUUCACGAGAGUGCCAAAUACCACAUGGAGAACACUGUGGGGAUGCCACAGUACAAAACACAUAUGAAGCUGCUCAUCAGGCAUAUUAUUACUGAAGACUAUGGGAUGUAUAAGUGUGUGGCGAAGAAUCCAAGGGGCGAAUCCGAUGGGACUAUUCGAUUAUACACUUCUUCACCGCCAACAACGACUCCAGACCCAAGGUCACUGACUACUCCAUCACCAUCAAGGCCACCACGUCGAGACACGCCACUUGUGGAUAAAGGAACGAAGUAUCAAUCGAACUUGAACGAGAUCGAUAAGGGGAAGCAAAAGUCUGACGAGGGUGGCGGGAAGACGCAUCUCAACUGGGUGGGCGGCGCAUCGCACGUUACAGAUAACGCCGCAUGGAGAAGUGUCCAUCCAAAGAUUUUAGUUCUAAUCUACGCACUUAUGAAAUUAUUAGAAUUGUUUUAAAUGCACCUAAAUUGUGAAGGUAUAGACGUAAAAUCACUGUCCAUAUUAAUGUUUACGAACACCUUUAUUCCGUUGAUCUGCAUCGAGCACUUCGAGGUAAUAAGCAGUGAUGUGCACAAAGUUUCAAAGUAGGGUAGGCGCUAUACUUACAAAAUGGACAAACAUGGAGGAAUUCCUUUUUCUCUAUUGGUUCGUUAUAAGUGCUAAGGGAAUGCAGUGAAUUUUCGCAUCUACGAAGUGCACAUCACUGGUAAUAAACCUAACGAACAAUGAUUUUUGAAACAACCUACACUUUUACAAAUAUACCUAAAUUUAUAUGCACUUAAAACUAUACUAUGUAGAGAUCUAUUGUAGUAAAUAUUCUUAUUUUGCACACAAUUUGCUAACUACGCAGUUAAAUUAUAUCAGGGAGUAUAUUUUAGAAUACUAAUACUAUGUCAUUUAGGCACUAGCUCUAUAAAGAGCUUAAAAUCAGGAGACUUAAUCAGUAAAUCGGAAAAGGUGAAUUAGUGGAUAAAUUACAGUAUUUAAUUUCGGAAUUCUCCUCGGAAACAGGUAACGUAGUUUUAACGAAUUAGAGAAAUGUUUAAGUCUCUGAACGAGAGUAACUUGAGUUAUAAGCAGACGAUAUUUAUAUAUAUUGUGUAUAAAUGUUGUUGUUAAUUAAUUAUAUACAUGUAAGUAUAUACUACGAGUAUAAAUUAUUAUGUGAAGAGUUCCUUUAAAACCAUUCACGAUAUAGCAGAUUAGUAAAAUCUUUUCUGUCGUUUCAUUUUCCUUGUAUAACGAGUAUUAAAAGUAAGGUGUACGUAUUUCACAUCAAAUAUUAUAUUAAUAGCACUUUGCACUUUACGAGAAAUCAUGACGAUCUGCUAAAUCGUGGAAACUUAUUUAAAAUUGAUGCACGUGUAAUGAUAUAAUUAAAGUGCACUAUUAUCAAAAUAGUUAUUUUAUUUUAUAGACUAAGACUGAAUAUUGUAUUUAUUAUUUAAAUAUUUGGCUUAUUUAGUCCCUAUGUUAAAAAUAUUAUAGUAACUUUAUUUUACAAUUAAGAAAAUAAUAAAUAACGAGCUAAAGUUUACCGCAAACGUUGGACACAGAAUCAACACAAGGUACAUUGGUAAAAGCACAAUUCUUAAGUUUGUGGAAAAUGUGACAUUUCAUCUAAAAUGUAAUUUAUUUUGCAACUUUUAAGUAAAGUAAAACUAAACAGACCUGUGUAAGAGCGAACAUGGAAAAUAGGAUAUUUUGCCAACAAAAUGCCAAAGUCUGGAAUUAAAUUGCAACUUUACUAACUCCGAAGUCUAGUCAGUAAGUUUGUGACUUAGAGCACAAUGUUUAGUUUUAUUUUUAAGACACAAAAUUUUCCAUUCAUCUUUUUCUUUAAUUUCAUUUUAUUUCUAAAUUCCAAUUUCUUCAGUCAAUUAAUGUUUAUAUAAGGUACGAGUAUGUAAAUGUUAAAGUUAAUAUGUUGCCAAAAUGCUAAUUUGUAAGGAGAUGCUACAUAGAUUAAAUGAUAUUGUUGUAAAUAUAAUUAAGUUAAAGCAAUGGAGUGUUUUUAAUGACAGAGUGUAUCGAUUGUUCACAGUAUUGUGCAUUGUACGAGAUAUAAACAUGCGUGUCUACACGUGAUAAGACUAUUAACGAGUAGAUAAUAAAGAAUAAAGCUUGUUUUAAAUGU